CCAACACCAUCCUUUUUUCAAGCGGAUAGAAGGAACUUUGAUCACAGCUUGUUAGCAGCCGGCUAGCAGUUUUUUUGUGAAAUAUUUUCUUGUGUUUUCUGUGUUGGGGCAUAUGAAGAGAGAUGUGGUUUAUUUAUUUGCUCAGUUGGCUUUCGUUGGUGAUUCAAAUAUCCUUCGUCACUCUUGCAAUUGCUGCUGGCCUGUACUACUUGGCCGAACUCAUAGAAGAAUAUACAGUAGCCACUAGCCGAAUAAUAAAGUACAUGAUUCUGUUUUCCACAGGAGUACUGGCAGGUCUCUAUGUUUUUGAAGGUUUCCCCAUAAUAAUGGUGGGAGUUGGCCUCUUCACAAAUCUGGUGUAUUUUGGGCUCCUUCAGACGUUCCCCUACAUAAUGCUGAGCUCUCCAAAUUUUAUCCUUUCAUGUGUGUUGGUGGUGGUGAAUCAUUAUAUGGCCUUCCAGUACUUUGCACAGGAGUAUUAUCCAUUUUCUGAGGUGCUGGCAUACUUCACUAUUUGCCUGUGGGUGAUCCCCUUUGCCUUCUUUGUGUCACUGUCAGCAGGAGAAAAUGUACUUCCAUCCACCAUACAACAAGGAGAUGAUGUGGUGUCCAAUUAUUUUACCAAGGGCAAACGGGGCAAGAGGUCUGGAAUCCUUCUUGUAUUCUCUUUCCUCAAGGAGGCAGUGCUACCCAGUCGACAGAAGAUGUUCUGAGGAGUGUGGACUUGGGGUGCAGCCCCAGGGGCUGGGGGUGCAUCAGUGUGUUUGCAUGGGUUAGAGAUCACGGGGAAGCAUAAAGGACUGUGGAAAUUGUGUUCAGGACUAAAACAAAGAAAAAUGGGGAGGAGAAGCAAACUAAAAAGACGGACCAAUGAGCAGAGCUGCUGGACGAGCUGUUGAGUUUACACAGGCCACGUUCGUCUUUGUACUGACUGCCAACCACACCUACUGCAGACGUCUUUGAGGGAUCUUGUCAGUAGCGCAAAGCUUUUGUAUUGUCACAUUACAUUUUUUUUAGGCUUUAGUAUUCUUUAAUGUCUGAGCAGGAUUUGAAAUUAACCAACAGGGUCAAAUGUUGGCUUUGGCAUAAAUUUGAGUCGUUUGUAUGUUCGUGUCCUAAGUUUAAUCAGAAUACCUGUUCAACAGUAACGUGAAAGCCAGAUGAGGAAACAAAUUCAACUGUCAAAUCGUGACUAAACUCUGCAGAGUUUAAAAUAUGAUGCAAAACGUUUUUUAAAAAUGGCAGAUGUGGUGUUUGAAUAAAUUUAAAGCUCUGUGGCUCGACACCUGUACAUUUUUAGCCUGAAAUGUUGAAUUGCUAGGAAUCGUAAGUUUUUUUUAUUUAUAGAAUGUGAACAUAAAUCCUACAUAUCACUUUUUUUUAUCUCUGUAACUCCUAAAGUGAAGUGCAAGGAUCUUUACUUUGGGCCAUUUUGAUUUGGCCAAAAAACCAAUUUACUACAUGGGUUUUGUUUGCAUCAGCUUUAAAAUGCAACAUUAAUCACCAGCAAUGAAAAGUAUUGUGUUUAGUCUAUUUAUUAGUAUUUGUUGUCAUUAAAACAAAUAUUUUUUUCCUUGAUCAAUCAGUUAGAUUAACACCAGACAUUUCUGUAGCUCAAAUCAUCAAAUUUUCUUUUUUAAUCUUGCUGGUGUUGGGGAACUAAAGCUGUUCAUGAAAGAUCCAAAAAUGAUCUGCAGACAUUUUUUUACCAAUCACAAAAUGCGAUUAUUAUAGGCUGGCAUGCACACAACUGUGAAAUAAAAAGAUUUUGUUCAAUUAAA